AAAAAAAAAAAGAAAAAAGGGGCAUUGCACUCGAGAAUCUUGUGCACAAUACUUUACUGUGGUCACUCCACUCCACAGGCCUUAGCACGUAAAUACACUUUUUUCACAUACUUUUCUUCCCCAGAAACCAGAAAAUUAUUACUGGGUUUGAAAAGUAAUUGAUGAGGGAAGUGUAGAAAUGGAGGGUGUAGAGGAGGAAUUGGAGAGAAGGAGCAAGUUUUUAAACAGUUUGAUACAAAAGAAGAAGAAUGUUGAGAAUAAUCGUAUGAAUGUGCGUGUAAGGGCUUCAGAUAUGCCCUUUUCUUUGCAAAAUCAUGCAUUUAGGAUUGCCAGAGAUAAUCUGCAUUCAAUGGCUUCUGGGAAGGUUGACAGUAAACGCCUUGCUCUUGCACACAAGAAGGAGUUCGACUCAACGUAUGGUCCAGCUUGGCAUUGCAUUGUGGGAACUAGCUUCGGCUCAUAUGUCACCCAUUCUGUAGGAGGAUUUUUGUAUUUCUCAAUGGAUAAAGUCCACAUUCUUCUAUUCAAAACUGUUGUUGAAUCUUUAGACCUUUGACCCUGCGUGGUGGAAUAUCAACUGGUCUGUACUUUCUAAAAUGCGAAAUUCCAAACAACAGAUUUUUUAUUAGAAAAAUGGAAUGCAUGAUUCUGUUUUAGUUU